UAAUUAUGCUGAAAAUACCAAACAUAUUGUAAUAUGAUUUAAUUGCCCGCUUAUGUAUUUCAAAAUAUAGUUAUCAAAAAGCAAUAAGAUUUUUGUUUUCUGAAAGCUUUAAUUGGUCCAUAGGCAUAUUUAGUAUGUAUGUAAUGUGCUGAUUGCAUGUCAACUAUCCGGGACUUGAAUCCCCACAAGGAGCGGUUCAAAAAUUACCACUGCAGAAGGAGCGAGACUCAUUGUUUGACUGCUCCUAAAUCUUGAUAAAUAAAAAAAUAAAUUCCAGGACUCGUGCUGCUAGAAAGAUUAGUGCGUUAAGAAAACAUUGUGUAUAAUUGUUUCAUCGUGUAACAGUAAACUACAUGCCUGAGAGAAAAUAGCAUCCGUCUGUUCCUUCUUUCACCCAUUUAUCCUCAACCUCUUGUGUAGCACGGUGUUGCGGAGGAGAGAAUAACAAUUUAUUUAUAUAACAUGUAUACACAAAAAGAGAGACUUUGUCGCCCUCUACUGACACGUUGAUAUACACGGAACUUGGGCCUCUGCUUACGAAUCAACCAGUUACUUUUAUUGAAAAGCUGUUUGACACGCUAACUGACACAGGCCAUGUACGUUCUGCAUGUCAGUGUGUGUGUCUUUUUCUUAUUUUGGUGUGUGUUGCUAUAUGUGAGCUUUUACCUAAGCUCUCAAAUGGAUUCUGAGUCUACAAAACUGCAAGUGUGCUCUCUCUCAGAUAUAUUAUUGUUGGUUCACUAUUGAUAAAACGCCAAGUCUUUAUUUGUUUACUUACUAAAUUGGUAAAUUAACAUUAAUUAAACUGCAAUUGUAUAGAAAAUCCGUAGACAUGCAUUUUGACAUUUAAUACAGAACUCCGAGUGAUUAUACUCACUUUGAAUUAAGUCAAGUCUAAUUUACGUAGAAGUAUUAGAAACAAAAUGAAAUAUCUAUGCAAGGGCAUAAUUUUGGUUUGAGCAUCCGGGGGUUCACUAAUUUAAGGGGGUCCAAAGGAUUUAGUUAAUUUACGGCCACGCGCCUAUGGGUUUUCUGGGAUUAGUAACUAUCGCUCCUGGGUUCAGACGUGGGCGCAAAUCAUCUAGGUUGACAUUACAUAUUCCUGACGCUAGAGGGGGGCAUUGUGCAGGUGUAGUGUACUUUAUGGACGAAUAUAAGCGACACACACAGAAAUGCAAUGCCUUCAUUAUACCGUAGUUUGUCCAGUGCAUAUUUAAGCUGUCUUCAGUGUCUACAGCUCUUCAGUAUUAAAAAAAAAUUCAUGCAAGAAAAGCUGCGUGGAUGAUCGUAAAACAGAUGAUGCGUAUACUGUUAUACUAAUAUAAGGAUUUAACACGGUAUAAUGAAACAAGCAAAGCGCUGACGUGAUUCAUGAUUUUUGAGUUUUAUUCAGAUUUCACCAUGUUGUCUGGAUCUCGAGCAACGUGGAGUCACCAGGGCUGCUUUGGAUCCGGAGACUGAAUGUCAUUGGUCAUGUAACAGUUUUUGGGAAUCUGCCUUAGACGGAAAUUGUGUACUACUUUGACAGUGCAGGCUGUGAGCAGAUCCCGGAAACAGGCCCCCCAUCCAGACAGUCGCUGUGGGAGCGGGAAGCAGCUACGCGUCCUGCCCGGAGGAAGGGACCUCGGUGCUGACUCUUCUGUUCGACUCUUGCCUUCUGGCCGCCUUCACCCCGGCCGCCCGGCCCAGGCUGCGCCCUCCUUGCCGCUGCUUGGGCCCCCUCCCCAUCAUCUUCCAUCCAAUGCAACAUCAUUUGCAUUAUGGGAUGUGUCAAGUCGAAGCGCGCCAGUCAGACUUCUGGUGCCAACUCGGCGGCGAAGGUGGACGGCCGGCCGGAGAGCCAGGGCGGCGAGAAGGCGGUGCUGGUGAGUGCCGAAGUGGGGCCGGGUCAGGACUCCCCGCGAGUCAACGCCGUCCUGCUGGACUACGCCGAGCGCCUGUCCGAGGACAUCCUGUCACGUGCCGUGCAGCAGUGGGCGGAGCUGGACAGCCGCUACAGCGACAUUCCCUACAUCGAGUGUGAUGUGCCAUGAGACCAGGUGUCCUCCUGGUCACCCCCCUCUCCAAAAAGCUUCUACGAGGAACCGGGUGUGGGGGUCUGUUUUUCACGUUAGCGUAAUACACCAAGGUUUGCUCCAUUGGGUUGCCUUCAGAGACCGUUUCGGUCCAGCUAGUUAGCAUCAUUACCCUGCCGAUACCGCUGCUCUGGGUUGUUGUCAUUCCUUUUGUGUUUUCACUUGCUGUUCCACUCCUCAUUCCAUGAACUAGGGGUUUGUCAAAAGGGAACAGACAGCCUUCAUAGGGUGGGGGGGCGGUCAUCUGUGAUAAUGAAUCCCUUUAUGAUUUAUCAUACCGGGUUAUGGUCUGUACCAGUGCAGCCAGUGUGUGAUGGGGAGGGUCUUAUCCUAUGCUGGUCAUUCAGCACUGAUGUGGGGACGCCGAAGUCCGGGGGGGGGGUGCUUUUGACUGAAUCUGUACUCAUAUGCCAGCAUCCUGGUACCCAAAACCAGGCCCUUCCACUGGAGAUAUAAAUAGCCAUCUUCUGUCUGCUUGUCCGGGACAGGAGCGCCACCCCCCCCCCCCCCAACCCCACCCCCACUGCUUCAUCAGCCGGCCCAGACACGAUGCUCCAGCCUCAAGGUAAACGGCCAUGAUUAAUGGGCAUCGCAGCGGACUAAUAAGGUCCGUCUCCCUGCUUAUGCUGCCUAUCUCCCGAGAGGCUCGGGUGACCAGCUGGACUCCCACGGUAACGCGGGAUGUAAAAGCCAUCGAUCACUCUGCCCAGGAAGCUCCUAAUGAGCUGCGGGUUAAGGGUUUUUGUGGUGGACAUGCUGUAACUCUUCUAGACGAUAGUCUGUGCCAGUGCAUACAAAGGGGGGGGGGGGGGGGGGGUGGGCACUCUGCUAUGCCAUGUUAGUGAUAUUACUGGGGGAAUCAGUCUCCUCUCACUAAGUCAAAGCCAGUUAUUGAAGUUUUUUUGCGUUCUGUUUGACCCGUCUAGAUUUAUCCAUAAAAAAACAGAAUAUUCUUUACUGCCAUAUGCUGAUUAUAAUCUAUAGCACAAAAUACAAUAAUUCCCAAAGGUCUUUGCGAGUGUUGGUGAGGGAUUUUGCUUGUCUUGAAGGAGCUGGUUGCUUGUUAAGUAACUGCAGAUUAUGGAGAAUGUGAAUGAAUGCAGACGUUCCGUAGAGCCUCCGCGGUCUUGUGGCGAAUUUCUCGAACGCCAACACAAGCACAGUAACUUUCCCGCUCGGACCGUUUUGUACGGUGAGUGUGAACUCCAACACGUGCCGUUCUGAUCUCAUUUCAGAAGGGAUUUUAGCGUUGAUGGGAUUUCGCCUCCUGUUUUGUUUAUGAUCUCGAGCCGUAGGGCAGCAUACCAGCCAAAGCUUCAGCGGGAUGCAUUUGAUGCUGUGAGGCCUCCAGAGAGAGGUGCCAUUAGCCAGCAGCAAUGGCAGGAAAUGGCAGUUGUACAUUCCAGCAGCAAUUUGGAGGAUGCUGUGAUACCCUACUUUGCUUUAAUUUCACUUGAACAGGAUACAUUGUCUGUCUGAUGGUGUGCACGCCGCUCAUUUUAUUUGCUCUUAAGCAACAAUGUAUGUGUUGAAUUGAAUUGUCAACAUUCAGCUCCUUUUCCCGCCAAACUGCUGACGUUACUGUUUCGAGGCCUUUGUGUACAUAUGGGGAGGGGCUACCUUGCAAUACUGUGCUUUAACAAAAUACUGACCAAUUAAAAAUAUUCCUUAGCACGGGAAAAAAAGGAGAACUGAAUCAGCUUAAUCCAUGCUGAUGGAUAGAUAUUACAGAAAAUAAGUCACGUAAGCCAGGCUGUUUUUGGACCCAACAAACAUUUACAAACAGGGUUUAAUAUAUUACUAUGACUUGAGACUUAAGUGAUGUAAUCAUAAGACUCCUUUAACAAACAUGGGAUGAUUUAUUCUGUGUGAUUACAGAGUACCAUUGAAGAAUAGCCUGUGAUUUUCCUUCCAAAUUUCAGGUGUGCACUAAAUAUAAAGAGACUGCUUGAAUCCCUUUACAAAAAAAAAACUGCUCUGAGAAAUUAUCCUCAGUGUGGACCUCCGAAGCCAAUACUGAUUCUCCAGAGCUCCAUGAUUAUUAUUAUUGUUAUAAUUAUUAUUAAGUUUAAAUGAUGAUGUCAGGAAAUAAUGUGUUUACAUUUCAGGAUUUAAAAUUUUUGUUGAAUUUUUUAGACGUUUCUCACAAUAAUCUGUCUCCCAGGAUUAUUUUAUAUUUCCGCUUCUGUUGUCAUUGUCUUUGUCCAGUCAAAACAAUAGUCACCCAAAACAAAGGGGAAAAAUGAUUAAUCAAUAAAUACAAAAUUAUUUCCUU